CCGGCUGAGCCCCGCGAGUGUGCGGAGCCCCGAGGCCUCGGCCGCCUCCCAAACUUUUCAAAGUCGGCCCGCGGCCCGGCAGGCCUGGGCUCCGAGCUCGGCCGGGAGGACCCCGGGGACCAGGAGGAGGACCCGGAGGACCAGAAGGAGGACCCGGAGGAGGAGGGGCCACCGCAUCAAAGACGCCGGCUUCCCGCGGCCCGGGGGCGAGCCAUGCGCGGCGGUCGGUAAUGUCAGCGGAACAGGACAAGGAGCCCAUCGCGCUGAAGAGAGUUCGAGGUGGUGAUAGCGGACUGGAUGGGUUAGGAGGACCAAAUAUACAACUAGGAAGCCCAGAUAAGAAAAAACGCAAGGCCAGCACACAGGGACCUUCCUUUCCUCCGUUGUCUGAGUAUGCACCACCACCAAAUCCAAACUCCGACCAUCUAGUGGCCGCCAAUCCCUUCGAUGACAAUUACAACGCUCUUUCCUACAAACCCCUGCCUUCGUCCAAUCCCUAUCUCAGCCCCGGUUAUCCUGGCUUCGGAGGCUACAGCACGUUCAGAAUGCCACCCCACGUCGCCCCAAGAAUGGCUUCGCCCUACUGUGGUCCUUACUCACUCAGGAAUCAACCCCACCCAUUUCCCCAGCAUCCCCUGGGCAUGGGCUUUAACCGGCCACACGCUUUUAACUUGGGGCCGCCCGAGAAUCCGAGUUUCGGAAACCCACCCUACAAUAACGUGCUGACGCAGGACAUUAACAUGCCUGGUCAGCCUUUCAGACAAAGUUCUGCUGAGAACUUCAGUCCGAUCCCCCCGCAGAAUGCUGGCCAGGUGUCUAACCCUGACCUGCCAUCCAAUUUUGUCCCUGGAAACAAUUCAAAUUUUACCUCACCCUUAGAAUCCAAUCAUUCUUUUAUUCCGCCCCCAAACGCGUUUGGUCAGGCAAAAGCGCCACCCCCCAAGCAAGACUUUCCUCCAGGGGCAACCAAAAACGCGAAUCAGAAUUCCUCCGCUCACCCGCCUCACUUAAACAUGGAGGACACGGUCAAUCCGAGUAACGUGGAGUUGAAAAGUGUCAACAGGAACAAUGCCGUCCAAGAGAACAGCCGUUCGGGUAGUGCAGAGCCCCCCAACAGCCAUGCCAAUGGGACCCAGAACAAGCCGCGGCAGCCCCGGGGCGCAGCCGACCUGUGCGCGCCCGACAAAAGCCGCAAGUUCGCCCUGCACCCCGGCCGCCACGGCCAUUCGUCCUCUGACCCGGUGUACCCGUGUGGGAUCUGUACCAACGAAGUGAAUGACGACCAGGACGCCAUCCUGUGCGAGGCCUCCUGUCAGAAGUGGUUCCAUCGCGUCUGCACCGGCAUGACGGAGACGGCCUAUGGGCUCCUGACGGCCGAGGCCUCUGCAGUGUGGGGCUGUGACACGUGCAUGGCUGACAAGGACGUCCAGCUGAUGCGCACCCGAGAGGCCUUCGGUCCGCCCGCCGUGGGCGGUGAUGCCUAACCACGGCCGUCCCCGAACCCGGGUUCGUUUUCUCCGUGCAGAACAGAGAUUUGGUGACAUAGGAGUUUCAUGUUUGACGUU